AUGGCUGAAACCCGGUCCCGUAGUUCAUCCGCUACUGAGGCCGCGAAUCGCUGUGCUACGAGCUCCUUGCACCUCACACCACCGCCUCAUUUUUCGCUCCUCGACUUCAACUAUCAGCAAGGACACCUGCUUCACCAAAGCAGCAUCUUCUCCGAGGAGUUGCUUCACUUCCAGAAUCGCCGCUUCGCGCCCCCAUUGUUCGAGCCAGCGUCAGCGUUAUCAUCGUUAUUUCCUCCUGCUCCACCACGGCCAACCUCGCAACCCCCUCCUGAACCUCAUUUUUCACCUCCCGAACGUAUAGGCAGCGUCCCUAUUCCAACAGCUGCGCCUGCUGCGCCAGUUGCGCUAUUGCCGUCUGAGGCAUCUGCCCUCGCUGUUCCCUCAACCACAUCACCGUCCGAGGCAUCGCCACCUCCCGAACCUUCGGACAACGCACUUCUCCCAGCUUUGCUACAGCUGCGCCUGUUUCUGAGGCAUCUAUCCUCGCCGUUCCCUCUCCCGCAUCGCCCUCUCACACUAGCGCCACCUGCGUCACCAAUCCUCUUGAUGUCAAGCUUCGAGACAGCGCACCAAUUUACACCGAUGCCAAAUCCUUCAUCAACCGCCUCGAUGUCGAUUUCCUGCACCAAAUAUCUUCGGCCGCUGCCCUUGGAAAAUACAUACGAUGUGGCUGGUGUGUGCAGUCCGGAUGAACUUGACAAGCUGUACGAGAAGGUGGCCGACAUUCUGGCCUCUCACGACAUAAGGAGGCCCGAGUGUAGGGAGCCAACAGACCCGUGGGACUCGGAUGACGGCUCCGACGAUUCCAUUUGUCUGGUCUACCGUUCCAUCCCUGGUGUGCCUGAUUCCGACCGCUUGACGUUACUGGUCACCGCAGUUUGGACCGACUCAUCGGCGGAGCAUUGGAAGCUCGCCGUGCAAGACAUCAGGCCCCUCGUGCUCCGCUGCCUAGGUCAACAGGCGGACGUGGAGAUGAUCGCCACAUACCUCACCACACUUCAAGAAAUCGGGCCUCUCGGUCACUACCCCCUCAUUCAGGACAACUGGGACGCCAUAUCUGCCGAAAUCAAAAAGGUUCUUGAGAGCCACCCAGCAUCGCGAGGCAAUGUGACCCUCAUUACAGUUUUCCGGAUGGGUCAUCACGAAAAGAUCGAAGACAACCCCGUCAUUGUGUACGUCGCCGUGACCCACGACUGCCCUGAGGCCAGUUGGCCGCCAAUUAUCGACGAUAUCAACGAAAUCCUCGAACCCUACCCCGUCGAACUUGAUUUCGAACACAAUUACUGGACGCUCACCGCCUUCGAGCUUUGCCCCCCCUCCAGAGGUGAAUCGUUGGGUAAGAAGUUUACUCUUCGGUCCUACCAAGAGUGUCCAGAUUUGGGCGCUGACAUCGGCGCGGCCCAAUACAUUGAGCACGAUGGUGGAGUAAGGAGCCCAAUGCUAGGAACACUGGGCUGCUAUGUAGAUUUCAAGGAUAAGCAUGGGGAGCGGAAAACCAUGGCACUAACAGAUUAUCACGUUUGCCGGCCAGGGAUUCCUGGAUUUUCCUUGGAAGAGCGAAGUGAUGAGAAGUUUGUCACUGGCAUGCCGCAUCCACAGAGCCUCCUCGAAACAUUGGACAGAAGUGGAAUUCACCCAGAUCACGCACAUGAUUUGUCAGACAUGGAGCACCCGAGCCGGGUGAGGCACAAUAACAACGUCGCAUGGCUUAAUGCUAAGCUUCAACAAGAUCUCAGAGAGGACAAGAGACUUGAGGCGGAAGAGAGGUUGGAUGCCGCCCAUAGAGCAUUUGAGAAGGAUGCAAACAUUCUAGGAAAGAUUUGGGCAGCUUCGGGCUUCGACCAUCGCUCCGCGACCGACUUCUUCCUCGAAUGGGCUCUCAUUGAAGUCCAACCAAGUCGCCAGGGAAGGAACCAACUACCUGGCUUAUCCGUCUGGGAGAGUCAGUAUGAUAGCUUGGACUGUCCUGAUGAAGCAUCCGGUGCUAUGGAUCAUCUGAAAAUGUACCGUCCGGACACUACCCUCAGUACACUGAAACCGGGCGCGCGAGUGUUCAAGUACGGAGCCGUCACCGGACUGACGUGUGGCCACUUCCAAGCGGUGUUGCCUCACUCCGGUCCUAUCAUUCCAAAUGCUAACCUAUCGGGCGCAAACACAAAUUCAUACUUGAUCGAGCGCGGCCCUGAUGGUCAGUUUAGUGGCCCCGGAGACUCUGGGGCGGUAGUCUACGACGAGGAAGGGCAUGCUUUGGGUACGGUUUUUAGUAAAAUCCAUCCCAAAAAGGCCACAGACAAACUGAGCAUGGGGGAGGAGGGUGAGAGUGAGAGAGAGGGUGAGGGUGAGAGAGAGGGUGAGGGUGAGAGAGAGGGAGGGGAAGGGGGAGGAGGGAUAGAGAUGAUAGUGGAGGAGGGAGGAGGGGAGGAAGAAGGUAGAGUCUUCAUGCUGCUAUUGCCUAGCAACUGA